GAAGGUUGGGGCUCUCAAGCUGUAGCAGGAGGAAGUUGUGGGGUACCCAUCCUCUGAGGAUCUUAUGUAUGGAUCUGAGGAACCUCUUCUGUAGGAGAUGCUGGGGGGCACUAUGGCUGAGGCACCAUAUGUUUGCGUAAAGAUACCCACCUUGUAGACUGACCUCCUGGCUGCAAGUGGUGACUUAGUCUGAAGCUUGGAUAUCCACUGGGGGAAAUCAUCUGCUGGACUGUGGUCCCUUGGGGCUGCAGGAUUGGGAACAGAGGGGUCUGGAUUUGGUGCUGCAGAGAUCCCUGUAUUGGAGCAGGGUUGGGGCGAUCAUGGACCACAUCAGUUGGGUGCAUCUUGGCAAGGACACUACAUUAUGCGCUGAAUGAUGCCUGGGGGUCCCUAUGGAUGCCAGCCCCGUGUCCCCCCUAAACAAGAAGGUCCUGCUCUUCCUCACCAUGUUCUUUCUAUGCCUUUAUAUGUUCUACUCCUGUGCCGGCUCAUGCGCUUCCCUCCCAGCUCCCACUACUCCUGGUCAGCCGGGGCUGCUCUCCCAGCUCCUGCUCAGGGCUGAGUCCAGGCUCCCUGGAGUGGAAGACAUGGGGACCAUCUCCAGCUUCUCUAGUGGCUCUGGGAGCAAGAAGCUGCCUCAGGCCAUCAUUAUUGGAGUGAAGAAGGGGGGCACCCGGGCGCUACUGGAGUUCCUGAGGGUGCACCCCGAUAUCAGGGCAGUGGGGGCUGAACCUCACUUCUUUGAUAGGAACUAUGACAAGGGACUGGACUGGUACAGGGAUUUAAUGCCAAGGACUCUGGACGGUCAGAUUACAAUGGAGAAGACCCCCAGUUACUUUGUAACCAAGGAGGCGCCAGCUCGUAUCGCUGCCAUGUCGAAGGACGCCAAACUAAUUGUAGUAGUGAGAGACCCAGUGACCAGAGUUAUAUCAGACUACACCCAGACAUUGUCCAAACGGCCAGACAUACCCACGUUUGAGAGUCUGACCUUUAAAAACAGGACUACGGGUCUUAUAGACAUCUCAUGGAGUGCCAUCCAGAUUGGCAUCUAUGCCAAGCACUUGGAGAACUGGCUCCAAUAUUUCCCCAUCAACCAGAUCCUCUUUGUAAGUGGGGAAAGGCUAAUCACAGAUCCUGCCGGGGAGCUGGGACGUGUUCAGGAUUUCCUUGGCCUUAAACGGAUCAUCACCGACAAACAUUUUUAUUUCAAUAAGACUAAGGGUUUUCCAUGCCUGAAAAAGGCAGAGGGGAGCAGUAAACCGCACUGUUUGGGCAAAACCAAGGGCAGGACUCACCCCAAUAUAAACCCUCAAGUUGUCCAGCGACUGCGAGAGUUCUACAGGCCUUUUAACAUGAAGUUCUAUCAGAUGACUGGACACAAUUUUGGCUGGGACUAAAAACCCUUUGGGGCACUAAUUUAAUUUGAAGUCAACAAAUAUAUUCAUAUUUGUGUCUGUAAAAAUACAAAAAAGUGUACAGAGAUCUAUUUUAUUAUAAUUUAUUUGUAAUUCGUAAGCAAUUAAUUCACUAAGCUGCCUAACCGUGUUUUGUACCCAUAGUGCGUUAACAUUCCAUCUCCAGGGGAAACCCAGGACUAGCAUGGCCCAUGCCCUGCUGGCACUGCUCUCUGGCCUGCUAAGGGUUAACCUUCCCCGUUUAUGGUGCUCCUAUAACAGUCAAAUACUGAAUGAGAUAAAAGCACAAUGCAGUUACCUUGGUACGUUCUGAUGUUUACGGGUAUUGAAAUGUCACUCACAAUCAUCUCCUCUCUUGCAUUAUAUGUGUGACAUAUUGGGCAUUUUUACUUCCCACCCUCACAGUUUACAAAGUUAUACUUAUAUGGGGAUGUCAAGUGAACUCAUUGGUCUUACUUUUGUCACUGUCAUCUGUGUGGUGUCUAGGAUGUUGCAUGUUUUAAAACAUGACACAGUUUAUUUAAACAGCUGAUAAGUGGAAGACAUUUUUUUCCAUAAUGCCAUAAAAACCCCAUUAACCCUUUCACUACCGUAAGGAUCUUCAUUGGGCAUUUUACAACCUGCUGCUAUCUCUGAAGAUUGCAAAUGAAGUACAGGAAAUAAAAAGUACAUCUGGGUAGCUGUGUUGGCUUUUGUAGACUAGUGGGUAUUUAUCUAAGCACAGCACUCUCAAAGUUAUUUUUUCUUUUGUAAAUGUGGGGUCUUUGGUAAAUAUCCCAUUGAAGCUUAGAUGGUUGUGUGGGGCUCAUAAACACAUUUUACCAACUCAGUGAUUGUCUAUGUUUCUCCUGGUAUUGUUCCUUAUGCAAGAUACACAAUUAAUUGUCACCCUGCACAUCAUAUUGUAAGUCUACUUCAAGCCAUACCUUAAAGUCUAUAGUAUAUAACAGUAAAAAUAUUAUUAACCAAGGUAAACUUGGACCCCAGUCUACUUGAUCAGAAAGUCCAUUAUGGUGGCAUCUGCUAAGGGAUAAACAGUGUCCUGGUUCAUUCUAAAUGUUCUGUUUUCAUGCUAAUUACUUAUCUCACACUGAUUGCCAUUAAUUAACCUAUUGCUGUCCCCUCUGGCAGCCAAUGAGUUAAUAUAACUUUAUUGAGUGUCAAACAUUAGUACAAACUAAACAAACAUCCAUGCAGUUAGCUGAUAAUUUUCACAGCUUUGAAGCCAGUUGUUCUGAAAUGUAAAGAGUGUUAUCUUGUAUGGAUUACAAACCAUCUGUAGCAUCAGGUCUUUAUAGAGUGUGAACACGUUUAGAAGCCUUUAGAUGCCAUUUUCAGUCGCCAGAUACGGCAAUGCCCUACUGACUUUAUAAAUCAUUUUUCUUUUCUCCAGAUAAAUUAAUCAUUUACAUUUCCGGUACUUUUGGCACCUGGAACAAAUCAGUAAAUUCUCUUCUCAUUACAAUGAGCUUUUAACGAUGCCUUUUUAAAAUGAUGAAAUCCGUUCAAUUAAACCUCAGUAUUCUCUUUUGGCAACCAUGCAGCAUUUUAUAGCUACUAGACAAAUAAAUGCAGAUUUAACCCUUACCCAAACAAGUACUUCCCAAGCUUAAACAAACUUUGCACAUUUUCUGAGACUUCCUACAUCAGGGGGUGGUUGAUGCUAGUGAUAUUUCUUUAACUCUUUGGCUACCAGAGAGGACUGCAACUCAUUGCACAGGAAUGCAUUUCAGCGCAUUCUGGCAGCCAAAUAGUUAAUCAGGGACCCAUUCUAACAAAACAAACUGAGAGUAACUGACUUUAGCACUUUUGUUUAAACCACAAAGGUGUUUAAUUCACUGCUGCUAAGAAUUUAAUGGCUAUGCAGAUAUCUGUAGAAGUAUUACGAACCCAGGUAUUAGAAUGUGGCAAAAAAAGGAUAAAUGUGCGUGGAAGGAAUUGCGUGUGACUCUAUAUGAAUAGAUACUCUGUCGUAUGCCUUGGUUACCAUGGAGACAAGGCCUACACAGCCGUAAAGCACUCUCGGGUGUGUCAUUUCGUUUCGCUCUGUGGUUACUUUUAGAAUUUAUUAUUAAAAAAAAAAUAAAUAAAAUAAUGGUUGAGUUUUAUUCAGCCAUGUUUUACAAAUCCAUAUCACUUUUAUUGCUUCCUAUUCUUUAACCUGUUUAGUAUAUAUAAAUAUAUAUAUCUAUAUAAAUUAAAAUAAAAUAAGAACACGAGAAACUGAAAAAAUGUGUACAUUGUAAAUCACUAUUUUGUUGUAUGUAUGAUACAAAAUUAAUUUUACACAGAAAAAAAAGAUGUUUCUAAAGCAUAUUGCGUACUGAUAAUUCAUACUAUUUCUUUGUAUGAGCAAAUAAAAGUAUAUUUUACCAAGAUAAAAA